GCUAGCUGCACAGGUUUCUGUCUGAGAGGAGCCUGGGAGUGUGACUCCAUCCACUCUGGAUCAUUCUGAGAUGGAGUCUCUCAGAAAAGCAGAACAGGACUCUUUACCUGCUUUGAAUUGUGACAAAAUCAAAUCAGAGAGUGAAGAAUGGGAGGAAUACGUAUCACCGUUCCUCUUUGACAGUGACAUAGAUGAUACCAGGAACUACGACAGGAACAGAGAUGGAAAUGAAGCUGAUGAAUGUGUCGGCACUGCAGAGUCAAGCCCUCAAAUGGUACUGAAGUCUGACCAGAUAAAAACAGAGACUGAUGAGGUGAAUCAGAUUAAGCCAGAGCAACAAGUCCACAGUCCUGAUGGAAAUAUUGAGGCCUCAACAGAAAACACAACACAGAUUGAGUCUAAUGCUGAUUUUGCUGAGAUUGAAAUAGAAACAGUGGAUGAUCAGAGCGAAUGUGGCUCUGUUGGAAAGAGGAGGUCAGGUCUACAGGAUAGUAAGAGUUUCAGUAAGGGAGUUUACCUGAGGACGAGCAGUGAAACCAACCUGGGAGAGACUCCACUUGUUUGCAAGGAUAGUGUGAAUAAGUCACCGAGUUCAAAGGUCACUGAAAGACAAAAAGAGAUUUGCACAGUAGAGAAGUUACAUACUCACAGACCACAUUCUUGCCCUGACUGUGGUAAGAGUUUCAGGCAGUUAAGAACUUUAAAAGAGCACCAGUUCAUUCACUCAGGUGAGAAACCUCUUAGCUGUACUGACUGUGGUAAGACUUUCAGUCAUUCACGGAGUUUAACACGGCAUCAACAGAUUCAUACAGGAGAGAAACCACACUCUUGCCCUGACUGUGGAAAAAGCUUCAGGCAGUUUGGACACUUAAAAAGACAUCAGCUGGUUCACACUGGAGAGAAGUGUCAUGCCUGCAACCACUGUGGAAAGAGUUUCAGUCGCUUAGAACACUUAAAAAUCCACCAGAGAAUGCACACAGGAGAGAAACCCUAUACUUGCACUGAAUGCAGUAAGAGCUUCAGUCACUUAGGAAGCUUAAAACUGCAUCAGCAAAUUCAUACAGGAGAGAAACCACACUGUUGCAGUGAAUGUGGUAAACGUUUCAGAGAAUUAGGAACUUUAAAACGGCAUCAGCUUAUUCAUACAGAAGAAAAACAACACACUUGUACUAUUUGUGGGAAAAGUUUCAGUCAUGUAGGAGGCUUGAAAAUCCACCAGAGAAUACACACAGGGGAGGAACCCUAUUCUUGCUCAGAUUGUGGUAAAAGUUUCUGUCAUUUAGGAAACCUGAAACAGCAUCAGUUAAGUCAUACCGAUGAAUCAUACUCUUGCACAGUGUGUGGGAAGGUUUUCUUUCGUUUAGGAAACUUAGAACAACAUCAGUUGUUUCACACAGGGCAGAGACUAUACUCCUGUGAUGAGUGUGGGAAGAGUUUCACUCACUUAGGAAGCUUACAGACCCACCAGAGAAUUCACAAAGGUGGAAAAACAUAUACAUGCACUGAAUGUGGAAAGAAUUUCUGUCGUUUAGGAAGCUUAAGAGAACAUCAGCGAAUUCACACCAUUGAGAAAGUAUAUACAUGUAUUAUAUGCGGGGAUGUUUUUAAUCAUUUAGGACACUUUAAACAGCAUGAGCAAGUUCAUACCAAAGAAACAAUGCUUUUUUCAUGAGUUUUACC